AUGGAGUCUGCGCACAGGAAGAUCGAGCUGCAGUCCCACGAGGACCUCGCGUUCCUCCUCAACAACGUCCGACGCGCCGCGCAGGACCAGCUCGAUAAGGCAUUCCCCCACAUCGAGGGCAGUACCUCGCAGGAGGACGAAUUGCGGGCGCCUAUUGAGCGUCUCGUCAACGAGUACAUCAACAAAACAUUCACCUACGCCGCCCCAAACCUCUCCAUAAACGGCCUCGACGCCGACCCCGCCAACUUCCUCUCUGACAACCCCUCCGACGAGCCCGAAGAGACCUACGAGCCGUGGGACGCCCGCCUCCGCCAGCGCGUCGAAGACCUUGCCCGCGAGGAGGAGGACCUCCUCAACGAGAUCGCCGCCCUGAAGAAGUCUGUCCCUGGCGCCGUCGCUGCCGCGGCGACGCACCACUUUAAGACCGCGGCGGCAGCGGACGAGUCCGCGCUCGAAGCCGCUAAAAAGGCCAAGGAGGACGAGGUGAGAGAGAUCGAGGCCGAGGUGCUCCCGCUGGAAGAGAUGGAAAGAAAGGCAGAGGUCAAGGAGGCAUUCAGUGGCGCGGUUGGGGCGCUGGGGCGGUUGAAGAAGGAGAUGCCGGCCACCGUCGCGAAGAUGGAGCGGGCGAGGGUCGCAGGGGAGUACACCGUCACGGAGCGGUCGUGA